CAAGCUACCGAGCCGAGUGUGCAUCGCCGUCGACCUACGGAGCCGAAUUUCAUCACCGUCUGCCUGUGGUUAUCGUGGUUAAUCCAUCUGUGAAACUAGCCAAGUGAUGGAGGACGCCCGACCAGGCACACCAGGUGCCCCAAAGGUGCUCAAGUCCUGCGAUACCUGCAAGGCUCGCAAAGUGCGGUGCUCCGGUCAAACACAUCUCGGUUCUUGCGAGAACUGCAGCGUGAGGAUCCCGAGACAUCUCAACAAAGUCGCGACAAUAUUAGAGCUUUCGCUGAUACCUUUUCCAAGCGACGCAAAACACCAUGCCACUUCAGCCUGGCUCGACCACCCCGACGGCUCAAGUUGGAUCACUCAAGCUUGCAGGAUGGUACGUGGCCUGGACAUCACAGUCGGCGUGGACGGUCUUGACGGCUAGUGAUCAGUAUCAAGAUCGCACUCACUCAGCGAAUUCCAUCAGGAUCGCAGGCCGAAGGCGGCCUGGAAAAAUCCAAAUCCCCCCUCUGAAGAAUUGCCUACACUGUAUGUGGAUCGCCUCCUCAUGCAGUCCUCGACUUCAGGCUCUCCGCAAGGGAAGCCGUUUCCUUUCAAGGGCAAUGGAAUUUUCGGAGGCAAUUAUAGCUUAAGCUUCUUUUCAGACAGCAGAAUGCAAGCAUUGUCCACACGGUUGCAGAAUUCCAAGUUGGAUGAUCUAGUCAAGAGAGUGGCCGAGGUCGUCAGUCAUCGACUGCGUUCCAGUCCGCAAUCUGCCAAUGGCUCGAUCCUGGUAAGGUCCAACGACAAAGAUAUCAUGGUUAACCAGGAUACGGCUGCUAUCUACAUAAAAGCGUACUUUCAGAGAGUACACCCGUUCUACCCUUUUCUCGACCAAACAACUUUCGAACAAAACAUUGCCGACCCUGACUUUUCUCGAAAACUGUCUACCAAUAAGGCAUUGUCUGCUCUUUAUCACUCUGUUCUUGCUCUUGGCUGCCAGCAUUGCCGCAAUGGAAGCUUCGAACCGGGAAAGUCGAGAGCUUGGCAGCUGUUUUCGGUGGCAUUGUCCCUAUUCCCCGACUUGCUAACUCUCCCCGACUCUCUUCUAACCCUUCAAGCGCUAACGUCGAUGGCUAUUUUCACCCUCUCUGUUUCCUGUAUACAGAUUGAGCAUAUUAUCAUUUCCGAAGGCGCCAGAAGAGCUCAACAAAUAUCGUUCGGCCAGCUAACAGAUGGACUUUCUGACACCUACGGUCGGGUUUUCUGGGUAUUAUAUACCAUUGAAAAGACAUCUAGCUUCUAUUAUGGCCGCAGUUCUAUCUUCAAUGACUCAGAUAUCGGUCACCCUGUGCCGGCCAUCUCGGAAUCAUCCUUCAACGGCUUCAAUUGGUUUCUAGCGUCUGCAAGGCAUGCCCGGCUACUUUCCCGAGCAUACAGCUCACUAUUCUCCAUUGGUGUGACCGGCAACUCAUGGGAGUACUUUGGCGCCACCAUCGAUCAAUUAUACUCUAAGCUAGAAGACUGGCGAUUGUCGAUUCCCGAAGAGAUCCGUCCUGGAACUGCAUUCUGGGAACAAUCUUUACCGGGGCCGUUAAUGCCACAGGUAGCCCUAUGGACUCAUUAUCUCUAUCACAGCCUUCUCUUGGCGCUAGCUCGAGCAACUCUGCAUCUCGGAAGCCGCACAGCCGAAGGGACAGAUUUGAAUCGGCUUGUGAGGAGUAAGCAAGAGAUCAUGAAAGCGUCUCGAGCGAUCCUCGAGUUGACCAGAUUGGUCGAGGUUGAGCCAUAUACCCCCGUGUGGGCUCUGGUUGGAAUCCCCGUGGCUGCACUUUUCGUCCUGUUCGACUUGAUCAUUCAUAAUCCGAAACACCCGGAGACAGGAAGCAAUUUAGCCCUCCUUCAUGUUGCUAGUGGCCAUUUUAGUCGUAUUGAGUAUGCAAGUGGUGGUUCCCUGCCGGGUUCCAUGGUGUCCGAAUUUGCCUUCAUUGCAAGCGAGUACGUUAAAAAUGUCCAGCAGAAUUUCGGAAGCGACAAUCUCCCAGAAACAUUGCAGAGGUCGACACUGGCUGCAAAUAGUCAGAAUGUCGAUUACCUAGGUGCUUCCUACCUUCCUAUCUCGAGCCCCGAGGGACAAUUUGAGAUGCCUUCAGCCAAUGACAUUGUCCCAACUUCCCAAACCUCAGGGCCGGAGAUCAGUGGGGUCUUUGACGAUGUGUUUUACCCAAUCCACGACGGUUUCUACAAUACGCAGAACGGUUCACUCGGAGGCACAAAUCUUAUCAAUCUCUUCGGAUCUGCUGUCCCGGGAGUCAGCUUCAACGUUGACCCUUGGAACGACGUAGGAGGAGGGUGGAAGGAGUAA